AUAGGAGGCUUGCCCCGGGGAAGGUCACGCCCGGGGUCCCCAGACCGGGUCUACGCGCGCCCCUGCCCCGCUGCCUCCCGGGAGCGGCCGCGGUCCCCGCUGGCUGCGGAGUGGCAGGUACCCGAGGUCCCGGCGCUGGCAGCCGGGCCAUACGCGGGGAGGAGCGAACCGCGGGCCCGGCUGUGGCCGAAGCGCUUCCUGUGCCAGGUUUCCGGCUCCGGGUCCCUGGAGGAGGAUCGCGGACCAGAGGCGGAGCCGCCGUCCUGCCGCGACUUUCAGACUCCGACCAUGGCCUCCCGCUGGUGGCGGUGGCUGCGCGGCUGCUCCUGGAGGCCGGCGGCGCGGAGCCCCGGGCCCGGCUGCCCCGGCCUUGCGGGACCGCGGGGGCCGCAGGCAGCUGCGGACGCCCACGCGCAGGUUCAUAGGCGGAAGGGACUUCACUUGUCUCAGAUACCCUAUAUAAAUCUUGUGAAGCAUUUAACAUCUGCCUGUCCAAAUGUAUAUAGUAUAUCACGGUUUCAUCACACAACCCCGGACAGUAAAACACACAGUGGUGAAAAAUACACCGAUCCUUUCAAACUCGGUUGGAGAGACUUGAAAGGUCUGUAUGAGGACAUUAGAAAGGAACUGCUUAUAUCAACAUCAGAACUUAAGGAAAUGUCUGAGUACUACUUUGAUGGAAAAGGGAAAGCCUUUCGACCAAUUAUUGUGGCGCUAAUGGCCCGAGCAUGCAAUAUUCAUCAUAACAACUCCCGAUCCGAUGUCCAGUUUUCACAAGCUGAUUGCUGAGAAGGUUCUAGGCGGCGUCUGUUAAAAAAGCAUUGCUUUCUGUUAAUUAGACAUGUGCAAGCCAGCCAGCGCACCAUAGCCUUAAUUGCAGAAAUGAUCCACACUGCUAGUCUGGUUCACGAUGACGUUAUUGACGAUGCAAGUUCUCGAAGAGGAAAACACACAGUUAAUAAGAUCUGGGGUGAAAAGAAGGCUGUUCUUGCUGGAGAUUUAAUUCUUUCUGCAGCAUCUAUAGCUCUGGCACGAAUUGGAAAUACAACUGUUAUAUCUAUUUUAACCCAAGUUAUUGAAGAUUUGGUGCGUGGUGAAUUUCUUCAGCUUGGGUCAAAGGAAAAUGAGAAUGAAAGAUUUGCACACUACCUUGAGAAGACCUUCAAGAAGACUGCCAGCCUGAUAGCCAACAGUUGUAAAGCAGUCUCUGUUCUAGGAUGUCCCGACCCAGUGGUGCAUGAGAUCGCCUAUCAGUACGGAAAAAAUGUAGGAAUAGCUUUUCAGCUAAUAGAUGAUGUGUUGGACUUCACCUCAUGUUCUGACCAGAUGGGCAAACCAACAUCAGCUGAUCUGAAGCUCGGGUUAGCCACUGGUCCUGUCCUGUUUGCCUGUCAGCAGUUCCCAGAAAUGAAUGCUAUGAUCAUGCGAAGGUUCAGUUUGCCGGGAGAUGUAGACAGAGCUCGACAGUAUGUGUUACAGAGUGAUGGUGUGCAACAAACAACCUACCUCGCCCAGCAGUACUGCCAUGAAGCAAUAAGAGAGAUCAGUAAACUCCGACCAUCCCCAGAAAGAGAUGCCCUCAUUCAACUUUCAGAAAUUGUCCUCACAAGAGAUAAAUGACAACUCUUUCUGUUCUUUCUGGCAGCUAUCUUACCAGACUGUGCCUAAAGAAUUUUGUGGAAUACACUUUGUUUGCUUCAUGUGCAGAUAACCAAAAAUCAUUUUAAAAGAUAUCAAACUUAUUGAUGGGCAAUUUAUUUUUUUUAUUGCAAAAGUUUUUUCAGAAAACUUUUUAAAUGUAAUUAAACCAUCUGAAUCUGUCAUUCUAGUCCUAUAAAUUAUAAUCGAGGUAUCUUGAUGGUUAUAUGUGGUAUUGUUUACACUGUUAAUAUCCACAUGUAAGGCCAUUACACAAAUAAAUAAUCGAUGUUAAAAUUCAAA